GCAACGAGGAAGUGAAAUGCUUUUGGAAGUCAACGUUACAAUUCAGGACGAGGAGAUUGCAUAGCAGCCGACUGCUGUUGCAACGUUAUCUUUAACUUUAAUAUUUUCCAUCUAACCAUCAUUAAAAUCAAACGCAUUUGAAAACAAAUAAGUAAACAUAAAAUAGCUUCUUUCUCUUUCAACCACAACAAUGCAUUAAACACAUGGACGUGUAUUUUAAUUUACACUUAAACAUAGUGGAAAAUUAUUCAUGCACAACAUUUACAUUAUAUAUUUAUCUUGACAUAUUUUACUUGAAUGUGAAUGGGAAGAAGUGCUUAGUCAUCCCCAAACUGGUUUAAAUUAACUUCUGAGUUCCCAAAGUUAGGGUGGAUCCUAUUGACUGCCUGUGAUUGGAUGUGCCGUCGCAGGCGGGUCUGUCCAAAGGCUGCAACAUCUGCAAACUCUCACAGAUGUUGUCCACUCAAAAACUCACUUAGGUUUACCUUGGAACACGACCUCUGGAGAGAAAAUGUCUUUUGUGAACGUAGAUCCAGCAUCUGAUUUCUCUUUCCACAACCUACCGUAUGGCGUAUUCUCCACAUUGGACAAUUUGGAGAAGCAUGCUAAAAUGUGAGAAUGAACCCUCAAGGAAUCAAUAAUAAUAAUAAUUAAUAAUAAUUAGAAAACUCUGAUGUCCUCAGCCCAAACGUCGCAUUGGGGUCGCCAUUGGAGACCAGAUUCUGGACCUGAGUGUGAUACUCUCACUGUUUCAAGGACCCGUGAUGGCCAAACAUCAGGAUGUCUUUCAACAGCCUACAUUAAAUGCUUUUAUGGGUCUGGGAUAUGAAGCAUGGAAGGAGACCAGAAGAACUUUGCAGUUUUUGCUCUCAGCCAAUGAGAGCACUCUAAGAGAUGACUGCACUCUCCGCAGUAGAGCUUUUGUCCCACAGAGCGCAGCCAAAAUGCAUCUUCCCGCAGAUAUCGGUGAUUACACCGACUUCUAUUCAUCCAGGGAUCAUGCAACUAACGUUGGCACCAUGUUUCGGGGAAAAGAAAAUGCUCUCAUGCCAAACUGGUUGAGGCUUCCCGUGGGAUAUCAUGGUAGAGCAUCAUCAGUGGUUGUUUCUGGUACCCCUAUUCGUCGGCCCGUGGGCCAGAUGAGACCCGAUCAAACAAAACCUCCUGUCUUUGGCCCAUCAAAGCAAUUGGACAUCGAGUUGGAAAUGGCGUUCUUUGUUGGAGGGGGCAAUUUGCUGGGGGAGCCAAUCCCCAUUGAGAAAGCCCAUGAACACAUCUUUGGCAUGGUACUCAUGAACGACUGGAGUGCUCGGGACAUCCAAGCUUGGGAGUAUGUUCCUUUGGGUCCAUUCCUGGGGAAGAACUUCGGAACAACCAUCUCACCUUGGGUGGUCCCAAUGGAGGCCUUGUUACCCUUUGCGGAGCCCAAUCCCAUUCAGGAUCCACAGCCGCUCCCCUACCUCCAACAUGAAGAUGCAUACACGUUCAACAUCAAUCUAUUUGUAUCACUAAAAGGGCAGCUAAUGAAAGAAUCUUCUAACAUCUGCAGUUCAAAUUUCAAGUACAUGUACUGGACAAUGAAGCAGCAGCUCGCUCAUCACACGAUUAAUGGCUGCAACAUCAGACCUGGAGACCUGCUGGCUUCUGGUACCAUUAGUGGACCUGAUCCAAAGAGUUUCGGUUCCAUGCUGGAACUAUCAUGGAGGGGAUCCAAGAGCAUUGACCUUUGUGGUGGAGAAACCAGAACCUUCCUCCAGGAUGGAGAUGAAGUCACCAUUACAGGUCACUGCGAAAGAGAUGGUUACCGGGUGGGCUUUGGCUCCUGCACUGGGGUCGUCCUCUCUGCCUUGCAACACUGAAACCAGCAGAAUGUUUUGUAUGAGCGGGAACAUGUUCCUUUGUGGAAAAUUAAUAUUCAGCACGCACAUGCACACAUGCAUACAUACACAAUAAUUCAAUUGAAGUGAUAUACGCCUUAAUUAAUUAUUCAUGCAUUUCUCAGAGCUCCAAAGACAGAUAGUGACCUUGUUACUGGAAUCCUCUGCAAUAUCCGUCAGAGGGCUUGUUUCACAUCAUGUCUAGUGUUACUGCUGUACCAGAAUCAGUAUUAUUGAUAUUUGCAGCCUGGUAUUUCUGGAUUAAUAAUAAAAGGCUGAAUACGUUUUUA